AGUUUCUCUUUGAUUACUGAUAAUGUAACAUUGAGAUAGAAAAACAAGUUGAUAACAAUCAGGAAGAAGAAAAAAAUAAUAAACAGUAACAAUUAACUUUCGAUUUAUUUUAAUCAUCGAUUUGUAAUCGUGAUUUGUGAUAAGUGUUUAUCAUUUUUUUUCUGUGGUUUUUAAUUGUUUCUUUGUUGAUUUGAUUCGCAAUGGAACAAUUAACCGAAUUUGUUAACAAAUCAAUGACAUGUGAAAGGUUAUCACAAUUAUCAACAACAACGAUAAAUGGUAACAACAAUCAGGGAUUAUCUUUAUCAUCAACUGCAUCUUUAUCUUCAUCAUCUUCCUCAUCUUCAUCCUCAUCAUCUUCCUCUUCAUCCUCUUCCUGUUUCACUUCAUUAACAUCAUUUCCAAUUGUUAAUUUAAGUUCAAACAAUAAUGCAAAUGGAUUAACAAAUGGUUCUGGAUUAACGGGUUUAUCUUCAUCAUCAUCUCCAUCAGCAAACACAACAACAACAACAACAACAGCAACAACACCAUCAACAUCAACAGCGGUGGCAGCGGCUGCGGCUGCGGCUGCUGCGUUUAUCAAGUCAAGCUCAUCUCUUAAUCCAUUUAAUCAUCUCUUUAAUCCGGCCUUUCAUCAUUCACGAUUAUCAUCAACUGGAUCUACAAGAAAUAAAUUCAAUCGUCCACCCGGUCUACCAAGCCCUCCACCCUCUCCACUUGCCCCGCCGCCGCCAUCAUUCAAGCUGCAAUGUGCAAUCGGAUUAAAUUCAUCACCAUCAUCAUCUAAUCACUUUAAUAACAAUAACAAUCAACGUCCAGAAACAUCAGAUUCAAUUGAAAGCGACAAUGAUGAUAACAGUAAAGACUCAAGAGGAACUUGUUUAUCGCCCGGAAAUUACUCUCCAGGUAAAAUGAAAGCCGAUAUUAGUGUUGAUGAUAUCGGCGAAAAUAAAUGUCCCUCUCCUGAUAAAAAAUCAACACUCCAGGUAACAACAACAACAAUUAAUCAAAGUACAAUUAAAAACAAGAUUAAAAAAGAUGAAGAUGAAACAAAGGACAGAAAUGACGAGAAAUUGUUCGAGAAAUUAACUAAUGGUUCCAAUAUUGAUUCUAAUUAUAAUGGUUCAUCUAUACAACAAUUAACUUGUCGAACUGCUCAAAAUAUUCACCAUCAUCAUUCCCAGCAAUCAAUUAACAACAAUCAACAAUCUCAGGGGAAAGUUAAACAGCGUCGAUCUCGAACUAAUUUUACUUUAGAUCAAUUGAAUGAACUCGAACGUCUUUUCGAUGAGACUCAUUAUCCUGAUGCUUUUAUGAGAGAGGAAUUAAGUCAACGACUUGGAUUAUCCGAGGCUCGAGUUCAGGUUUGGUUUCAAAAUCGUCGAGCCAAAUGUCGUAAGCACGAGAGUCAAUUACAAAAGACUGGUUUAAUUAUGUCAUCUUCAGCCACUUCUACGACAAUUGAAUCAUCAAGAAUCGCUCCUUAUAUUAAUGUUAAUUCAUCACCAACUCCACCGAGAUUAUUAUCUGGACAAUCAACACCCACUCCGACUGACUCAUCAAGGUUUCCCACCGCCAUGUUACCCACCUCAGGAGUUGCCUCUCAUUAUUUACAAUUUGCAACUGAUCCAGCCUUAAUCGCGGCGGCUCAUCAUUAUGCUGCCGCUGCUGCUGUCUCAGCUAAUGCAGCCUCUGCCACCGGCGGGUUUUUAUUUUACCAUCCCACUCAUCCUGCUCAUCCCUUCAGCUUAUCCGCUUUAUUAGCCGCUGAAAGAUUUACUAAUAAAAACUCAUCAAUAGCUGAGCUAAGGAUGAAGGCUCAAAAACACACCGCUGCUCUUGGAUUAUGAUUUAACCACUUUUAUCAUCGACAAUUAAUUUAGUUUAACAAUUAACUAAUCAUGAUUAACUUCAAACUCUCUCAAGUCUUUUAUUAUUAUUAUUAUUGAUAAAAAAAUCUCCAAAUGUUGAUCUCAAAUCAAUUUUUUCCCUUCUUUGUUAAUAUAAAUUAUUAUUAGAAAAAUUAAUCACAAUUAAAACUUAGAAUUACAAUGUUAAA